UUCCCCCCCUCUCCUACAAUGAGCUUCUGCUCGGCGAGAAAGGGGAGGGCAGAGAGAAGGAAGGUGGGGAAACAGAGGAGGUGCUUUUCUGUUCGUGGCAUUACACCAGCUGAAGGGUCAGUCCGGGGGAAUAUACAGAUACACGCACGCACACACAUGCCUGCGCGCUCAGGAAGUACUCUGGCUGGUCCAAGCCCACUUUCCCUGCGUUUUUAGGGAAGGGAAGGAGCAAUCCCAGCAGAGGAAGCGCCGGGAGGAAAAGCGAAGCGACCCCAGCGCUGGUCUUGCCAAAGAGGGACCCGUAGCGGGCGAGCAAGCUGGACGAGGAGGCGAAGCAGUUCCAGGCACGUGUUCCCGUCCAGCAGGAGACAUGACACAACAGCACUGACCUGACGGGACAGCCUGGUGCUGCCAGCGAUGGGUUGUGUACAUUGCAAAAGGAAGAGGCCCAAUAAAACACCCAGCAACGGCAGCGAUGGGAUGGCAAACCUGCAGCCCAGCUCCUGCUACGAUCCUGACCCCACCCCACAGAACCCCACCAACACGUUCACACGCAUCCCCGACUACAACAACUUCCAGGCAGGGACCUCGGGGCCUUCCACUCCAGCCUUCAUGGGGGGUUCCAGCCUGUAUCCCAGCUCCCUCCCCAUGCCUGGAGCCGGGAUUGCAGGUGGAGGAGUGACCCUGUUUGUUGCCUUGUACGAUUAUGAAGCCAGAACAGAGGACGACCUGACAUUCAAGAAGGGAGAGAAAUUCCACAUAAUUAACAAUAUGGAGGGUGACUGGUGGGAGGCGAGGUCUCUCAACACAGGAGCGACGGGCUACAUCCCUAGCAAUUACGUGGCACCCGUGGACUCCAUCCAGGCAGAAGAAUGGUACUUUGGGAAAAUUGGCCGCAAGGAUGCCGAGAGGCAGCUUCUGUGCCAUGGCAACCCCCGGGGAACUUUUCUCAUCCGCGAGAGCGAGACCACCAAAGGUGCCUACUCACUAUCCAUCCGGGACUGGGAUGAAGUGAAGGGCGACCACGUCAAGCAUUAUAAGAUCCGGAAGCUGGACAACGGCGGCUAUUACAUCACCACCCGGGCCCAGUUUGAGACGGUGCAGCAGCUGGUCCAGCAUUAUAUAGAGAGAGCUGCAGGGCUGUGCUGCCGCCUGGCCGUGCCAUGUCACAAAGGGAUGCCCAAGCUGGCAGACCUGUCCGUCAAAACCAAAGACGUUUGGGAAAUCCCACGUGAAUCGCUCCAGCUUAUCAAGAAACUGGGCAACGGGCAGUUUGGGGAAGUGUGGAUGGGGACCUGGAACGGCACCACGAAAGUCGCGGUGAAGACGCUGAAGCCAGGGACCAUGUCUCCGGAAGCCUUCCUGGAAGAGGCCCAGAUCAUGAAGCGCCUUCGGCAUGACAAGCUGGUGCAGCUGUACGCGGUGGUGUCGGAGGAGCCCAUCUACAUCGUCACCGAGUUCAUGAGCCAAGGGAGUUUGCUGGAUUUUUUGAAGGAUGGUGAUGGCCGGUUCCUGAAGUUACCUCAGCUGGUAGACAUGGCAGCCCAGAUUGCAGCUGGAAUGGCGUACAUUGAGCGGAUGAACUACAUCCACCGGGACCUGCGUGCUGCCAACAUCCUUGUGGGUGACAACCUAGUGUGCAAGAUUGCGGACUUUGGCCUGGCCCGUCUCAUUGAGGACAAUGAAUACACAGCCCGGCAAGGUGCCAAAUUCCCCAUCAAGUGGACGGCCCCAGAAGCUGCCCUUUACGGCAAGUUCACCAUCAAGUCGGAUGUGUGGUCCUUCGGCAUCCUCCUGACGGAGCUCGUGACCAAGGGGCGAGUCCCCUACCCGGGCAUGAACAAUCGGGAGGUGCUGGAGCAAGUGGAGAGGGGCUACCGCAUGCAGUGCCCCGGGAACUGCCCUCCAUCGCUGCACGAGCUGAUGGUGCAGUGCUGGAAGAAGGAGCCUGAGGAGCGCCCCACCUUUGAAUACCUCCAGUCCUUCCUUGAAGACUACUUCACCGCCACAGAGCCUCAGUACCAGCCGGGAGACAACCAAUAACUGUUGCUGCAGAUGCCAGCAGGGACCAUGGACAGCCCAUCCCCAGGGGCACUCUGGGACUUGGCUGUCCGCAGAAACAGUCCUCUCCCUCCCUGGAGCAGGGGCCAAGGAUCCCUUUUUGUACAAGUGGGGUUGGACUCCUAUUUCCUUCUCUCUCUCUCUCUCUCUCUCUCUCUCCCUGCUUCCCUUUUUUUUACGAUUCCACACCGAGAUUUUUAAAUUGUGAUUUUGUGUUUUAAAGUUCCGCUUCUUCUUGGACGACUGCCGUGCUGAUUUUUUGGAGUUAAGAAGAAGACUGUGAGCCAGGGGCUCGGGUUAGCAAAGGGAGAGAGUGGGUUUUGUACAGUACAUCCUUGCUUAAUAAAGUUUCCUUUCCCCAACCCUCCCCUCCCUUUCCCUCCUAUAUUGUUUUGGAACAUGAUAGUGCUCUUUGGACAAUAAACAACCCUCUCUUCCCUUCCCACCAGCCCUGGUGCUCCCAACUCUCUGAAGGAAUGAAGCAGGCAUGGGGAACCUCUAAACUUCCAGAUACUGUUGAACUGCAGCUUCCAUCAUCCCUAGCCACUGGAUGAUGGGGAUGGGUGUCAUGGGAGUCCAGCAACAUCUGGAGGGUUGGCAGGUUCCCAUCCAUCCCUGGAGUGUAACCUCUGACCUUACAGAGGUUUUUGGUCCCCUAACACCCUUCUGCCCCAACCAGCAUGUCAAGAGGUUGGGGAUGAUGAGCAUUGUAGUUCUGCAACAUCUGGAGGACCCCAAAUUAUCCAGCCUUGGCCUGUAUUGAGUGGCUGAAGUUCUUCUCCAGGGCUUCAGGCAGGAAUCUUUUCCAGCACCGACCUAGAGCUGCUGGGGAUUGAACCUGGAGCCUUCUGCAUGCCAAACGCCUGCUCCGCCACUCAGCUAUGCCCCUUCUACUUUGCAUAGUGCAGGUGGGCCACCUCACAAGGUUGCUUGAGAUUGCCGAACUCGGCCUAGGUGGCUUGUGAAGGGAUUGUGUGUCUGCCUUCAUUGCCCUCUACAAUUCCAUUGCCACCCAGCCCCAACUCACAAGAUGCUCAAGGGCUUUGAAAGGGGUUGUUGGUUAUGUUUCACACCUCCCUCUUCCCCUCUCCUUCUAUAGCUUUUCCUAUCCUCCCCCAUUUCCUUAACCAGCGACGAUACUAUUAAACCCAUAAUCCACUGGGGGUGUGAUGGUAGUGGGCGGUGUUACAAAAAGCGGCUCACAUUGGAGGUGCUAUGCUAUGUGCUCUGCUAUGGCUUUUACUGAAGGAAGCAAGAAGAAGGGUUGCUCCAGAGGGAAAUCUCUGCAAUUGCGAUGUGUCUAUUUUGUAUCAGUGCCUUCCGAUAGCAAGAUACAGUGGCACCUUGGUUCCUGAACAGCUUAGUUGUUGAAAAAUUGGCUCCCAAACGCCGUACACCUGGUUUGCGAACGUUUUUCGGAAGCCAAACGUCCGACGUGGCUUCCACGACAUCCACUGUAAUAUUACUUAUCAGACAGGGAGCUUAGGAAGCCAUGUCAUGAGAAUUAACCAUGAGAAUUAACCAUGAGAAUUAACCAUGAGAAUUAACCAUGAGAAUUAACCAUGACAACAUCUAUAUCAUUUGUCCCAUAAGUUUAAAUCACUAUCAUGCCACUUUAAACAGUCAUGGCUUCACCAAAAAAAUCAGGGAACUGUAAUUUGGUAAGGAUGUUGAGAGUUGUUAAGAGACCCCAUUCCCCUCACAGAGCUGCAAUUUGCAGGGUUCCCUGGGAAGAGGGACUGGUUGUUAAGCCACUCUUUGACUUGUAGCUCUGUGAGGGAAAUGGGGGUUUCCUAACAACUCUCAGCACCCUUAACAAACUACAACUCCCAGGUUUCAUUGGGGAAGCCAGGAGUAUUCAGUGUGGUGUACAGGCAGCAACCGAUGUGCACGGGGGUUACAUUUCAGAUCUGCAUGCUCAUUGGUGGGCCCUUGGAAGGCUGCCCUGUUCCACCCCUUUCUGUGGCAUUCCUGUGAUGUUUUCAGGUCAUUUCCGGGUUUGGGCCGAUGUGUGUGCAUGCAGUGUGAGCAGUAAAACAGUUGUUGGAUUUAGUAGGGCUUCAGAUGUACGACACAUGAAUAUCCAAAAUUGGCAGCCGCUCCCUCAGUAAACCAGGAGUCCAAAAUUCCCUAUUGCGGAAGCUGGACUCCGGAGUCAGACCAAUUCAUGCAUCUUCCUAAUGAUGUAGCUGUCAGGAUUUUGAACUUUGAGGGCAUGAAGAGUACCUGGUUGGUUACUUGUGUAUGUGAACGCAAGUAGCUAAACCAUCAUAUCAGGAGCAAGGAAAAUCAACACAGCCCAGAGGGAAAGGGCAGGUCAGCCGUAGCUACCUUGGCCACCAUUGCCAGCCUCCCACCUGAGCAGACGAACAAGCAAGGAAAAAGUAUUGAGGUAGCCGCACUGGACCAGGAGGGCAGCAGUGGGAAAGACUGCUGCCUUCUGGAAGCUGCCUCAAAAUAUGAAAACUUGUCAAAGUGUCACAUGAAGUCUCACCGCCACCGUCAACCCUUGUCUUGUCAGUCUUGUAACCCAGAAACUCCCUUAAACUACAAUGGACUUGGGAUUUUGCAGGCGAUGAGGAGAAAAGUCAGUUGACCAGCUGCGAUGCCUUAGGCUGCCAUCCUAACUGCACUUACCUGGGAGUAAGCCCCAUUUAAUUCAGCAGGGCCUGCUUUGGGGUGGACGUGGGGUAGGAUUGCAUUGCUAUUCAGUCUGGGCAGUAUCUAGUGCUCCAGCUAGCUCAAGGAUUUCCACUCAUGCAAUGGAACUUCUCCCCUUCCUCCCCCAAAUCUGUUCCGAAGGAUCAGAGAAACUUCCAGCACAGAUUUGGGUGGCAGAAGGAGGGGAAGUUCCGUUGAGUAGCCAAAUCUCAGCGCUAGCGGAAGCACGGAGUUGGAUAUUGUUUCCUGUCUUUGCCACAGACUUCCCACUGGAGGUCAAUCUUCCAGCAAGGAGUUGCUAGGAGUGGGUUCAUGGGGGGGGGGCGGACCAUGAAUCUUCUUCUAAGUGCCACAAGAAUGCACCUGAGGGAAACUGACAUUGGGGGAAAGCAGAAUGAUCUGGAUUACUGGCUAGGAUAUUAAUCUGGGGAGAUAAAAUAUUUAUGUUUACAGUCGAGAUGAUUUGGCGGUAAUGAGUUGGGGAACUGAACUAUUUCAGAGCAGGGUCUGCAAGGGAAUUAACGGGUGAAUGGACCAAAGAUGAACAGGUUUGGGGGUGAUCUGGUGACGGGUGCCAAUUAAUUGACGGCUUUUUCUGGAGUGGCUUGUGUGGGAAAUUGUUCGGCUUGCCUUCUGUAACAUUUACAUUCUCAACUUGUAUCAAUACAUAUCAGUUAGCAUAUGCAAAGGUUCUGCAAAAGUGUGUCUCUGGGCCCCUGCCCCGAACCUUUCUUUACCUAGCAUCACUCCCGCCUGCAACCCUGGACAAUGACACCACUGAGUCAUAGGCAUGAUAGACAACCCCUGCACCAGCAGAGCAGGGGCAAACAAGCCCGGACUGGUAAAGCCCAGAAGACCAGCCUUUCGGCACAGGGUAGCUACCACAGCAGGGUGAAACCCAUUUGGCAUCACUUGGCUUUCAUCAGUGUAUCCGAAGAAGUGUGCAUGCACACGAAAGCUCAUACCUAUGACAAACUUAGUUGGUCUCUAAGGUGCUACUGGAAGGAUUUUUUAAUUUUGUUUUGACUGCAUCAGACCAACACGGCUACCAACCUGUAACUGUAUCUAAAGGCAACACAGUAGAGUCAACUUAACAUAAUUUUGAAUGCUGGGUCAGCUGCCAGCAAGGCUAGGGAUGGGCAAACCUUGCCAGAUUUGGGGUUCUCUCAACCACUCAUUCUUCCCAAGUUCAGUUCUCCCCAUUUCAACAUCAGUUUGCAAUUGGGGAAAGAAAUCCUCGUGAAAAUUUGUCUGCAGCUUACUGAGAAUUUCCCCCAAUACACAUGUUGGUAUGCCAUUUUGUCCAGUACACACAUAUUCCUGAAGCAACUUCCUUAUAAACUAAUGCAUUUCAGUAUGUUCGCUUUCACGGACACGUGCCUUUUAAUGUACAUUUUAAUCCAGUAAGUGCAUUUUUUUUUGGUACAUCUCAUUUGGUUGGAGAGCUUCAUUGCAAAUUUCAGAGAAGGGUGUAUUUCAAAGGAUGGCAGCGUUUUAGUUUCCGUAUUGUUUCCAAAAGUGUGAAUUAGGUAAAUUCACCUUUAAAUGUGAACCAAAUCAAAUCUCUCUCCCUCUCCCAGCCCCAUCCUUACUUUCAAGGCAGACAGACCAUUCCUGAGUUGGAAACAUGUGAACACAAAAGUCAAGUGCCAAGCCUCUACCUGCUCCCCUCCUUUCCAAGUCCUUUGGAGCUACCCCUUUUUACACUAUGUUUUCUAAUAAACAAAUAAAUCUGUAAAUAAAGAGAAAUAAACCUUUCUACUUUGAGGGGAAGUUUGUGAGUCUUUGCCACGUGGAAACGAGAGUAAGAAUA